CUUCGAUAAGUGAAAGCCAUUAAUUGAGAAAUGGCGUAAAUGGUGUUCGUACUGCCAGUUCCCAUUCAAAUACCGCCUGAAACUGUAUGCCCAUGUUAGUGCCUUCUUCGGUCUGAGCGGGAAACCAACAACAACAACAAACAGCAACAAACUGGAAGAAAAACAAUCGAAAAUCCAAAAAAAUAGUGUGCAAAAGUAUGUUGAAGACCGCGAGAGAUUGACUCGAGUGAAUCUGCGAGAACGGAAGCGGCACCCAAAAAGCCCCAGGCGCGCAGGCAUCGCAUCGCAUUGCAUUGCACCGAGUGCUGGCAACCGCUGCUCAACUUGUCGACUUUCGGCCGCCUCAACCGCUGACCAGUGGCCAAAACCGAGCAGAGGAUAGAGCAGAGCCGAGCCGAACAAGAUAGGAUAGGCAACGACAGGACGUGGACAUGGCCAAGAGUCCUUAGCCAUGGCUGUUGAAUAAUUAAUGCAGUUUCGCUCCAUCAACCCUCCCCCCACACACCCACCCCCCGGUGGCUGCACGGUCCACGGUCCACGGUGCAACGGCAACGGCAACGGCAACGGCAAACGGAAAAACUAAUUUAUGGCAUUAAAAAUGCAUAUUUUCUAGCAGUUUCUAUCAUUUGCCACAACUGCUGCUAGAAGGGAGAGAGAGCGCGAUAGAGAGAGGCAAGCGGAACGUUGCCGCUGUAGAAGGAACCUGCCACAUCAGCAGCAGCAGCAGCAGCAGAAACAACAACAACACAAGGAGCAGAAAAAGCAUCUGAGGCGGAGGAUAACGCAAGGAUAAUUCGCCAUCUCUUUGCCCCCGAAAUGGAUUUCCUAUGGAUAAACCCUGCCAGAUCAAUGACAUGGCGACCAUUGGUGACAUAUCAUCGAUGAUCAUCUCACCGCCGACGUCUUCCAUUUCGAACGAUCAAGAUCCGUUUGGACAGCUGCCACCGCUACCACCGCCACUGCGUUCCACCCAAGUGCUGCAGCCAUUGAGCGUAUUUCCAGUGUCCAAUUUGAGCGAAGAUUCCUACGAUUAUGUGUUUGGUGGUCGACGUAAGAAUCCGCCCUCAACAACGUCACAACAACUCAAGCUGACAUCACCGCCAGUGCGAUUGCGACCAGAAGACGCCUAUCGUGGUGGUGCAGAGAAUAUACAAAACAACGGCCGUUUCUAUCGUCAUUCGUUUAGCUAUGCCCCCAAGCGGCAGCGCCACACCUCCUCCUCGAGUCGGGAUGAUCGUGAUCGUGAAUCGAGAUUGAGAUGUCAUGGAGAGGACGAGGCCACAUUGCGCCAAUUGCUGCUCGAUUUGCAAAAGCAAGUUAGCGUGAUGAGCAUGAAUCUAUCAGCGAAACUCGAUGAGCUGCAGCGAGGCGAUCGACACCUGGAGACGACAGUCGCCUUGUGCGAAAUUCGCACUCAGCUCCAAGAGCUGACCAAAUCCGUGGAGUCCUGCCAGAGUGAAGUCUCAGAGGUCAAACGUGAUAUGGUGGCCAUCAAACAUGAACUGGACACCGUGCAGCAGGUGAAGGAGGAGAUCGAGGAGCUGCGCGAAUAUGUCGACAGACUGGAGGAGCACACGCACCGACGGAAGCUAAGACUUUUAGAACAAGGUCUCACCUUCUUCCUCACGUACUCGAUCUUCUCGGCGGUUCUGGGGAUGCUGCAGUUCGGCUAUAAUACCGGAGUGAUCAAUGCCCCGGAGAAGAAUAUCGAGAAUUUCAUGAAGGAUGUGUACAAGGACCGCUACGGCGAGGACAUUAGCGAGGAGUUCAUCCAGCAGCUCUACUCGGUGGCGGUGUCCAUCUUUGCCAUUGGCGGCAUGCUCGGCGGUUUCAGUGGCGGCUGGAUGGCCAAUCGAUUUGGCAGAAAAGGCGGCCUACUAUUGAAUAAUGUACUUGGAAUAUCGGGUGCUUGUUUGAUGGGUUUUACCAAAGUUAGUCAUUCCUAUGAAAUGUUAUUCCUUGGCCGAUUUAUAAUUGGCGUUAAUUGUGGCCUCAAUACAUCUCUAGUGCCGAUGUACAUCUCGGAGAUAGCGCCACUGAAUCUACGCGGUGGCUUAGGUACUGUUAAUCAAUUGGCUGUGACUGUAGGUUUACUAUUAUCCCAGGUCCUGGGGAUCGAGCAGAUCCUCGGCACCAACGAGGGCUGGCCCAUACUCCUCGGCCUGGCCAUAUGUCCAGCAAUAUUGCAACUAAUUUUACUGCCCGUCUGCCCAGAGUCGCCACGAUAUUUGCUGAUUACCAAACAAUGGGAGGAGGAGGCACGAAAAGCCCUUCGACGGCUCCGCGCCUCUGGCUCUGUCGAAGAGGACAUUGAGGAGAUGCGCGCCGAGGAGCGUGCCCAGCAGGCCGAGAGCCAUAUCUCCACCAUGGAGCUCAUCUGUUCGCCCACCCUGCGUCCCCCAUUGAUCAUUGGCAUUGUAAUGCAGCUGAGUCAGCAAUUCAGUGGCAUCAACGCCGUCUUCUACUACUCCACAUCGCUGUUCAUGAGCUCGGGUUUGACGGAGGAGAGCGCCAAGUUUGCUACGAUAGGCAUAGGCGCCAUAAUGGUUGUAAUGACACUGGUCUCCAUUCCAUUGAUGGAUCGCACGGGUCGUAGGACUCUGCACUUGUACGGCCUCGGGGGCAUGUUCAUCUUCUCCAUUUUCAUAACGAUUUCGUUCUUGAUCAAGGAAAUGAUCGACUGGAUGUCCUACCUCUCGGUUGUGGCCACCCUCGGAUUUGUGGUCUUCUUUGCCGUUGGCCCCGGAUCCAUACCAUGGAUGAUCACCGCAGAGCUCUUCUCCCAGGGACCACGACCCAGUGCCAUGGCCAUUGCAGUGCUAGUGAAUUGGAUGGCCAAUUUCGUGGUUGGCAUUGGUUUCCCCAGCAUGAAGACUGCUUUGGAGAACUAUACGUUCUUGCCGUUCAGCGUUUUCUUGGCCAUCUUCUGGAUAUUCACGUACAAAAAGGUGCCCGAGACCAAGAACAAGACGUUCGAGGAGAUACUGGCCCUCUUCCGACACAACAAUGGCAGGAGUAUGCUAAACUGCACAAAUAGCUUGGAGCCACAAUCAAUGAAUUCUGGCAUCGAGCAUGCCGCCUUGAUGGUAUCCGAGGAGAAGACCCAACAUGACUCACCUGCAUCAGAGCGAUUUUUAGACGGCGGCCGAAGUACACACCAGGGCCGGAGCGGUGUCUCUGCGCCCCAUCACCUUCGUCAGCAAGCACCUGUCUGCCCGAACAGCGGGCCUUGACUGAGGAACGCCUCACCUCCUGAAACUGCCAGUGCUCGGUCCGUGAGUCGCGCUGAGGAGAUGCCGAUGCCGAUGUCCAUGCAACAGCAGCAACAGCAGCAGCAGCAGCAAUCGCAUCACCAGUCACGAUAUGCCACACACGAAUACGUACAUUGUAGCUAUGAGAAGGAUGUUGUAUGUGAUCAAGCAGCCCCCUCGCAGCAGCCCCAACAGAUGCCACAGCAACAGCAACAGCAGCAGCAGCCUCCACCGCACAGCCACAGCCACAAGCACGAGCCGAAUCAGGAGACGGUCUCCAUUCUAUCACACUGCCACCAAAUGCAACAGCAGCAGCAACCAGUGCAACCGCUGCAACCACUGCAGAACCAGCCACGCAAGCCACACAGCCAUAGUCCGCAUCAUAGUCGCCACACCUCACCGCACAGCCAUCACUCACAUCAUCAUCAUUAUCGUAGACGUCGUCGCCAGGGCAGCGGGAGUCUGCCGGGAGCCCACACCACUUCCACCCAUCAUUCGGGGCACCACUCGGCGGCAGGCACCACCACGCGCCACGGCGCUGUCUGCGCCGCCAGUCGUCGCCAUCGCUCAGUCACGGAUGUGUCCACCAAUUCCUGCCAGGAUCCCAGUUGCGCGGAUCGUGAGGUCCAGGAGAUAAUGGUGCGCAAGUCCUGCUGCACUUCCUCCUCGCGCACAGAGCUGGCCCAGUUCUUCGCCGAGGAUCUGUACGGCUCCUCGUCGCGACGCCCCAGCAGCUGCUGCACCAGCUCCGACUACUGUUACCAGACGGACUCGACGAGUCUCUACGGCUCCAGGUCCUCGCUUAGCCGCAACAAUUCCAUCAAGUCGGCGUCCGCAGCCAUGCGGAAGCAGCAGCGACUGCAGCACCGCCAGCCGAGCUACACAUCCAUCUCCUUGAGGGGAUUGAAUGCCAGUCGCCCGAAUAGCCAACUGGGAUCACUGACCUCCAUCUUCGACAGGGCCAAGCAGAUGGCGGGGGAGCUUAAGGCAGGAGAGGACGCGGCAGGCUCUACUCUAGAGAGACAGAGCUCCAAGGGAGCUUUGAGCAACGAUCUCCCCGAAUACGCCUGCUCGCCUUCGCCCAUCCGCUGGAGCUUCCUGGCCGACGGCAAGUCGCCGACGGAUUUCGAGGGCGCUGUAGGAGGGGAAGAGGAGGAAAAGCUAGAUGCCUGGCAGGUGCCAGAGCCAGAGCCCGGGAAAAAGCCCUGCAGGAAGAUCACCAGCGCAGAGACUGCCUGCUGGAAGAGUGGCUCUGUGUACGAUGAGGGUCCCAGUACUUCGGCGGCGGCUGCAGCCCGGAAGCGUCGCGGCAGCAACUACCAUUGCGAAUUCGAGGAAGAGUCCACGACGGUGCUCUUCCAUCAGGAUCCCGGGGAGUCGUUCAACAACUGUUGCAACAACUACAUUCAGUGCAACAGCUACUUGGACCAGGACCUGCAGAUCACCAGCGAGGAUAUCCAUCAGUAUUUGUCCAAGGGCGAUCCCACGGCCGCAGAUGUCCUCAACAAUUCGAAGAACUAUCCCUUCCAGCCGAGCAAUGCGCUGGAGUUUCAGUACAAGAACAACUUCCAGCAGGGCGGCGGCAACAACAACAAUACGAACACCACGAACACAGCCUCCAGCGAUGCGGGGGAGUGCUUCCAGAGCUACAGGGCCAGCUCCAAGGAGACGAACCUCAACCAAACGGCGACGACGGUGACGACGACGCCGACUGGAACUAGACCUGGGACUGGGACUUCGACGGAGCCCAUGUCUCCGACCAACAUCAAUCUGUCGACCAGCUCGAACAACAUCAAUAUCGUGUUUAGCAGCAGCCUCGAGCGGAAUGCCAACGAAGUGAAGUUCAUCAACAAUCGGAGUGGAGGCGGCACCUCAGACGAGAGUGGGAUGGUGGGAUGCGAGGGCCAUCAUGCGGGGUAUCUGCCGUACACCUUCCCCAGCUAUGAUUACACGAACAUGUCGGGAAACUCGCACUUCGAGAAGUCCCUGGGGAUCGAUGAGCUGCCCAAAGAGUUCAACGGAGUGGACGCCUCUACUACCAGCGAGCACUCAUCGUCGCUGCCAUCGCCAUCGCCACAGCCGCUGUACCACCAACACCAGCAGCAGCAGUUCCAUCACUUUGAAUCCUUCGAUGCUCCCUCCGAGCACAAUCUCCUGUCGCAGCCCAUGUCCCCGGGUUCGCCGCUUUCCGGGUCCGUGAAUCCCGCUGGCGACGACGACUUUGUUCAAAUGCAUCACUAUCACGCCUCCACAGCUUCCACCUCCACCUCGCAUUCGCAUGCCCAUCACCACUCGCAAACGCAAACGCAAUCGCACCCGCAAUCGCAAUCGCACCACAGUCACGCUCAUGCUCACACCCAUGCCCAUGGCCAUGGCCACCAUAUGCUGCAGCAUCAGCCACAGGCAGCACAUGCCACGCGCUACGAGGACCCACUCGCCGGGUCUGGGGUCUUGAAGAGAGUGCGCAAGCGUGCACGCAAUUUCCUGCGGAAGAAGUAAAAGAGUGUUCCCCCGUCUCGUGCAUCCCAAUCCCAUAGAUUCGCCGUACUUUGGCCGAAAGUACCUGGUGGUCUCAAAGCAACAGAAACCCCAACAACAGCACCUGGGACGGCGGACGCAGAGCCUGGACGAGGACUGAGAUGAUAGUGGGACAGUGGCUGUCCAUCAGCAUCGCCAUUGCCAUCAGCAUCAUCAUCGCGAUAAGCAAUAACUGAGUAAUGACCAGAGAAUGUCGGAACACCUAUGGAAAUCUUUUAAAUUUAAUUACAAUUUGUACACUGCCAAAAACAAGAAAUGAAAAAACGAAAGAAAGUUAAGGUUAAUUUUGUGCUAAGCCAAAAAAAAACUCUGUUGAAAGCGUCACUCAUCACUCAUCACACACCAUGCACUCCGCAAAAAGAUAGCCGAGUCACGAAUCAGAUACACAAAUCACAGAUACACACACACACACACACACACUCAUCACGAAUCACAGCUACAAGAGAGAGGCGAGGAGAAAGAAAACAGCAAGCAGAACAACGACUAUUUUAAUAAAUAACGAUGAUGAUGAUGAUAAUGAUAAUGAUAAUGAAAUACUUAAGCACAGUACGCGUACUGUACACUCCCGGAACAUUUGUAUAUUCAAACCUAAUUAUUAAGCGACAGUUUUGAAAUUUGCGUAUUUAAAUUGACUAAAGAUACAGAUAUAAAACUAGAGAUACAUAUUAUACAUAUACAUCAUAUAGACACAUAAGAUUAUGAGGCCUGGAAAUAACAAUGCACCUACUACUCCACAGAGUACAGUACUCGCAGAUAGAGAAGACACGGAGCGGAGUAGGAAACCCAAUCUAAAAUGAAAAUGCUAGUUAAAGAUACAUAGUUCUAAGGGAUGCACCGAUUGCAUCGAAAGCAGCGCCACAAGAUUUAGAGUUUCAGCAACCGCAACUGCAACUGCAACACGCAACGUGCAACUUAAUAAUAAUAUUAACAAUUACAAAUGAAUAACCAAAGAAGCAACCGCAGCAAACGGCGAACAGCAAACAGCAAACUGUAGUUUUUGGCACACAAAUUACCGCAGUUAACGGAGAAGCAGAAGAGAAGAGUUUUUAAGAUCGAAUUAUAAGUAAAAACAAUAACAAUAACAAUAUAUUGCAUAAAAAGAGUGGAGGAGGGUGAUUUUUGUUAUCAUUUUUUUGAUAUGCGCAAUUUUUAUGAUUGAUCGAUCGAUGACUUUCUUCAGGGACUGCUUGCGAUUUUUGUAACAAAGCAAUAAGCCGUUUUUUGCUCAAAUACCAAAUACGAUUCUGUUUUUUCCCCAGAGAAAACCAACCCCCAAAUAUUGUUCUCUUGGCAGCUACUUUUGACAAGGGGGCUCUAUGGAUCCAAGGAGUGGGUUCUUCGACCCCCAAAGAGAAGGUUCUCCCACUCUAAAGAGAAGGUUCCACUACCCCAAAGGUAGAGGAGGUAGAGGGAUUCUCCCAACUUCCCGUAUUAUCGUUUUCUGUGUGCAUUAUCCCACAUUAUCCCCAAAACAACUGUCUUCCAAUUAAGUACUCGAUAUAUUCGAUGGUCCUCUAAUCUCCUCAGUUUCGCUUUAAAAAAAAAACAAGAUCAAAACUUAAAGAAAACUCGAACACAGAUUGAUUUCCCAAUAUAUAUAUAUAUUGAUAGAUAUAUAUAUAUAUAUGUUUGUAUGUAUAGCCGUUGAAUCGGAAGUACCUUGCGAAACACGAGAUGAAAACUGUAUAUAUAGUAACUGCUGUUGAUUAAUUAAUAACCUUUAAUUUAUGAGUAAAUUAUAACUAAACGAAAAAAAAUAAUUUGUAGUCGAACAAAGAACGGGAAUCAUCACGAAACGAGACGGGACGAGACAGGACAUAGUGGGGCGAAAAUAAUAAUAAAUAUAAAUGCACUGCCAAAAACAAAGGUUUUACGUAAUUGAACAACAAAGUAGGUCGACAGAAACAGAUAAUAAACGAUAGAUAGAACACAGUGGGGGAGAGCUGCGUUCAAGUUCAGUGAAAACCAAAACCCAAACCAAAACCAACACCAAAAACAAAAGAUGAAAAACGAUUAACUGCUGUAAAUAUAAGAAUGAAUACAUAUAGAGAAAUCAUAGACAUUUUUUAAUGGCACAUAAUUAACGAAUGAGCGCAUGCAAUUUGCAAUUUUUUUACAUUAUUUUAAAUGAACUAAGCAAACAAAAAAAAAAAGCAAAACCAACAAUAAUGAGUUAAAAUUACGAACGAAACGAAACCAAAUGAAAAUGCCAAGCGGCUGCAAUUUUGUAACAAAAUCAAAUGAAAAAAAAA